AUGUUGCAGCUACCUUCAGACUGGUUUGAAAAGACACUUGAUGAUAAGAUGACAACUAUGAUGGAACAGUUUCUAUCAUCGAACAUGUCAGUGAAUAAGAAACUUGAAGAUCUUAGUACGCAAAUUACUGAUCUCAAAAAUUCACAAGCUGCUACUGUGGCUGACCUUUCGGAAGUUAAGAUGAGUGUAAAAACAAAUGCUGAGUCAAUUUCGGAGUUGAACUCGGAAAUCAAAAAAUUAAAAGAAGAUUAUAAAUCUAAUAUGAAUACAAUGCAUAAUAAUCUAGCAGAUCUGAACAAGAUAGUCAAUCUUGAAAACAGAGAAACUUCGUCUACUUCAUCUCUAUCAGGAAGUACAACUGAGUUGGUAAUUGCAGGUAUUCCCAAUUCGGUGGCUGAUAAUUUAUCGCCUUCUGAAAUUCAGUCUGCUGUUUUAAAUGCCCUAGAGUUGCCGCAUCUGGUCAGUGACGUUUUGAGCGUUCGCGAAUUUCAAAAUAAAUGUAGACCGAGACAAGAUAAGGUUAAUCAUUCUUAUCUUGUUGAUUUGAAGUCUUCUCGAGUGCGUGAUUUCAUUAUAAGUUCGAAACGCAAGUCAAAAAAUCUUUUAGCUAAAAUUAUGUUUCCGGACUAUGUUGAUCAAAACUUCAAAGGUGCUAUAUACAUCAAUGAAUUUUUACUGCCUGAGAUGUAUAAACUACUUUUACAAACUAAAGAAAAGGCUAAAUUAAAAAAGAUCAACCUUAUUGGCCAUACUGCUCAAUUCUUGAAUUUGAUUAAUGAUACGCAACCUAAUAUAAUUAUCCUGGUUGAAACGAGGUUAAAACCCUUACACGAUAACAGUAUCUUUUUACUGAAUGGCUACAAUAUUGUUCGAAGAGAUCGAACCCUUAAACAUGCAGAUACUGGUUGUUACAUCCAGGGAGGUGGAGUGGCCUGUCUUGUCCAUGAAUCCGUAGAAGUCAAGGUUUUACAUAUUUCAACUUCUGAUUAUUUAAACCAACCAGAAUAUUUGAUAGCUGAUGUCACCUUAUUCUCUGGAUCUCACCUUUUAUUAUCUUGCAUUUACAGAAGACCGAAAGGGCUAUUUCUCAACGAAUUCUUUGACAUUUUUUCAAGAUUUGCUCCAAAUUUCAAUAACAUAAUCAUAGCUGGUGAUUUAAAUUGUAAUUUGUUGGAUGAUAGUUACACUGCAAGGCACCUGAAAGACUUUAUUCUUGAAUCGUCACUGUUCUGCGUACCUUACGGAGCUACUUUUCAUAAAAAUAAUCAUGAUUCUUGGUUGGAUGUCAUCCUGCUUGACAGUGAGAGUAAAUUAGUUUCUUUUGCUAAAUCCGACUCUCCGUUCAUUGAUGGCCAUGACUAUUUAUUUUGUAAAUAUAAAUUAAAUUGUUCAAAACCAGCACCAAAGAAAGUUACCUUUAGAAACCUUAAGAAUUGUGAUCAUCAAGCUCUUUCAAGAACCUUGAUGAACACUUUAAGAAUUGAUAAUGCUGUACUAGAGAAUUCGGAUCCAAAUGAGUUGCUGAUUAUCUUCAAAUCUGGUGUUCUAUCUUCUCUGGAUUUGUUUGCACCAGAAAUUACUAAGAAGAUAGUCCGUCAUGGUAAUCCCUGGUUUACAAAAGAAUUAAAAAUGAAGUGCAAAGAACGUGAUGAAAUUUAUAAAAAAGCUAGGAGAACUCGGGAUCUAAAUCUGCUUGCUCUUUUUAGAAUUAAGAGAAAAAAAUUAAAAACUGAGUUGAAUCAUGCUCGUGAAGAAUACUUAAAAACUAUUCUUUCAAAUCUUUCAUAUGGUUCAUCUAUUUGGAGUAAGCUUAAACAUCUUGGACUAAUUAAAUCUAACCCUUCUUUGCCGCUAAAUUUUUUUGAUGCUCUUGAAUUAAAUGAGUAUUACGCCAACAUAGGAAGAAAACACCCAUCUUGCGAUAGAAAUUUUGUUGAUUUUUUGCCCGAGAACCAUUCAAGGCUAGUUGAGUGUCUAUUUAACUGGACCAAAAUUGACAUUGUUGAUGUAACGAAGGCACUGCAUCUUACGCUAUCCAAAUCGAAGGGCAAAAGUCCUGAUGGACUUGAUCUAAGAUGGUUAAGAGAUCAUCUUCCGCAAAUCUCACUCUUUCUCACAGCUUUAUUUAAUAGAUCCCUUGACACUGGUAUUUUUCCUGAUAUUUGGAAGAUUAUUUACAUAAUACCUUUGAAUAAGAUCGCACCACCAAGGUCUCCGUCAGACACCUGUCCUAUUGCAAAUUUAUCACAUCUCGCCAAAGUGUUUGAGAGAAUCAUUGAAAAUCAAGUGAUAACCUAUCUGGAAGACAAUGAAUUACUUGAUCCUUUUCAGUCUGGAUUUAGGAAGCACCACAGCACUCAAUCAGCAUUAUUGAGGCUUACUGAUGAUAUUAGGCAGGCGAUGGACAAGAAUAAACUAACUAUAAUAGUCUUAUUUGAUUUGAGUAAGGCUUUUGACUAUGUUGACCCCAAAAUCAUACUGAUUGCGUUAUUUGAGCUUGGUUAUUCUAUGGAAACAAUUAUCUGGUUUUUCUCCUACCUAUCAAAUCGCUCUCAGUCAAUACUGAAUGAUCUUGGGACUCCCAUUCAGCUCCUUAGAACCUCAUCUGGUGUUCCUCAAGGUUCUGUGCUUGGUCCAAUCUUGUUUUUAAUUGUCAUGAAUUCUGUUGUCAGAUGGCUAGUGUAUUGUAACUAUGGCCUGUUUGCUGACGACAAAUAUAUUUAUCUACACUUCUUUGUGUAUCAAUUACAAGAGGCAGUCAGACAGGUCAACAUUGAUGCACAAUCAGUUGCGGAUUGGGCAAGGAAGCAUGGCUUGGAGAUAAAUUUGUCCAAGACCAAAGCAAUGAUCUUGAGUUCAAAUAGCAAGCUGAAACAACUGAGUAAUUUUGAUCUGCCACCUAUUAUUAUAAAUGGUGUCAUAAUUUCAUAUGUCGACACUGCCAAGUGCUUGGGAUUACACAUCAGUAGAAACCUAAGUUGGAAUUAUCAUUUCAAGCUAGUGGUUAGCAAAAUUAACUUAGCCUUGCAUUCUCUCAAGGUUCGGAAGAACAUUUUCUCAACUGACAUCAGGAAAUUGUUAGUAUCAUCAACCAUCCUACCACUUAUUGAUUACUGUUCCAUCGUAUUAGUAGACUCAACAUCUGAAAAUGACUUGAAACUUCAACGUGCAAUAAAUUGCUCAAUUAGAUUCAUUUUUAAUCUUAAAAAUGAUGAGCAUAUAACACCUUAUCGACGAGAAUUGGGAUGGCUCACUGUGAAAUAUCGUAGAAUGUAUUUCAUGAGUUGUUUCUUCUUUAAGCUACUUCAGGUUGGUAAACCCAAGUACCUGCGAGAUUCUUUUGUUGAGGAGACUGAAGUCAGACGUUCAGAUAGGUUAGCAGCCAAAAAACACUCUCUUUAUAAGUUUCCGCAUUUUGCUACGACCUUCAUGGAGCGGUCAUUUCAAUUAGGUGUAAUACGAUUGUGGGAAGAACUACCUGAAGAGAUUGUCAACUCAUCUAGUCUUGAAGUAUUUAAAAAUAAAAUAUCGCGUAAAAGAAUUGGUCCCGGCCUCACUGGUAAUUUUGCUGGGGAUCGCACUGACGGUCUUUUUGAAGGUCUCGCUGGAGGUCUCGCUAGAACUCUUGCCGAUGGUCUUGCUGGAAAUCACGCUGACGGUCUUUUUAGAGGUCUCGCUGACGGUCUUGCUAAAGAUCUUGCUGGAGAUUGA